AGUCACACUCCAACUUUUUGACUAAUCUGUUUUCAAUGGCUACGAAACCGGAGAUUCCAAAGCCGAAAUCGGAAGCUACGCCGGCGGUGGCGAUAGUUAAGGCUUAUUGGCUGCCGGCGAUCUUAUUCUUGGCCGCCAUGUUUUUCCAGCUUGUUGCUAUUCCUCGUUCUUUCCCUCCCUCUCAUUAUGAUGUAUUAGGGAUACCGUCUUUCGGGUCAAUUGAAGAAGUAAAUGAGGCUUACCAGCAGUUAUCUUCUAAUUGGAAAUCAGAGAUGGACUCUUCUUCAACUCUUGAUAAGAUUAAGAUUCAGUAUGCUUUUGAACUUCUGAGCAAUCCCAUAUGGAAAAGGGAUUAUGAUAUAUUUGGCAUUGAUGAACAUCUUUACAUCAUGGAAAGGGUCAAGGAAAAAUACUCUAAUUCAGAGUUCUCUGAUAUUAGUCUUCCAUUACUGAAGCCUACUUCAUUUGGUUUGUUUAAAUCAGAGCCGACUUUUGAUAUCAUUUCAUCGGAUAACUAUCUUUCUAAGAUACAAAACAGCAAUACAUUGCUUGUUCAGAUUUUCUCAUAUGGGAGCAGCCGCUGUGCCCAGUUUUCCAGUUUAUGGAAAAGAAUUGCUAGUUUAUUAGAUGGUAUAGCAGAUACUGGGGUGAUUGAUAUCAGUGAUCUAAAGCUUGCAACAUAUCUAUCUGAGAAGAAAUAUACAGGAGCUCCCUUUUUUCGAAAUGGUCUUCCUUCACUUUUGGCCUAUCCCCCUGGAUGUAAAGCUUCAGAUUGUGUUGUUAGGUACACCGGAGAUUUAUCCGUUGAUGCUGUUACUGAUUGGUUUGCAACAACCAUUCUAAGCCUGCCUCGUAUUUCUUACUAUUCUAUGGAGUCUUUGGUACAAAGUUUUUUGAGAAAAGGCAGUCGGCACAAGGUCAAAGUCAUUUUCGUUUCAAAAACAGGACAGCGUGCUACUCCUUUCGUGCGUCAAGUUGCUAAAACUUAUUGGUCAUACGCCUCAUUUGCAUUCACUGUUUGGAGAGAAGAGGAAUCUCUCUUUUGGUCACAAACGUUUGGAGUAGAGGAAGCUCCUGCAGUUGUUAUUAUAAGAGACCCCGGUCUCAAACCUAUAGUGUACCAUGGAUUAAUCAACAAUUCAAGACUUAUCGAUAUCAUGGAACAGAAUAAGCAUCAAGUGCUUCCCCAGUUAAGAAGUGUUACAUCCAUGGAACUAGGUUGUGAUCCCAAAGGUUAUUCGCGUGCCGGUAACAAUACCACAAUUUGGUAUUGUGCUAUUAUUGUGGGAAGGCAAAGUUCAGAACUCCAUAAAAUGCGUGAGACCAUGCGUAGGGUCCAAGAUAUCCUAUCAAAUACGGGAGUUGGAGAUGAAGAUCAACUUGAUCACCAAGCAGCCACAUCAGCAGCAGUCGCGCUGAAGGAAAAACGGCUGACAUUUGCUUGGGUGGAUGGUGAAGCACAAAAGAGGUUCUGUUCGUUUUAUGUAAAUGUGGAGAACAGCCAUGACACCUGUGGACCGAGGAGGGAUAUAACAGAUGUUCCACGAUUGUUUCUUGUACGUUACAAAAGAAAUGACACUGAAGUAAAUAAGAAAACUGAUGAAAACCCAAUGAACAACAUGUUUGCUACAAUUGCCUCCAGGGAUGUCGAUCCCACAUCCCAAUUGGUGGCAUUAUACAAAGGUUUAGAUGAAACUCCACAGAUAAUACAAUGGAUCUCAGAAACAGUCCGAGACGGCGACUCCCGAGAUCUCCCAUUUCACAGAACAUCAACUCCUGAGCUUGUACCUGAGGAUGCAGAUCCUAUUUGGUCAAAAGGUCGGGAGCAAAUUAUCUCUUCAAGCAUGGGAGUGAAACAGAGGAUUGGAACCAUUCCACAACAAUUUAAUGAUCGUAUGAGUGAUCCCAGGCUUGGUCCAAUGUUGCUUUUGGGGGCAUUGAUGUCAUUUGGUUUUAUAUAUCUGCGGAGAAAUCAGCCGAUCAAACAUAAGGAAGCUCAUAAUUCAAGCCAACCAAACCCUGAGGGCGAGGACAGGCCAAAAUUGAGAAGGCGACGUCCAAAGAGCCAAACAAACCGGGAUGUACCUCCUUCCAUGACUGACAUGCAACCACCGAAUGCUUUCCAGAUGCCAUUUUCGGAUUCCGAUUCUGAGUAAAAUUUGUAGUCCAAAACAACAAUGAGUUCAGUUGCUUGCAUAAAACAACAGAAACUAACAUCAAACAAGAGGUCUGAAGUGCAGAGCUUUUAUGUCCCAAGAUGCCUGUGAAAUAUACGCAUGGUCUCUAGUAAGGUAAUACAUAUAUGACUUUAUGUUUAUAAAAUAGAUAUGAUUACACUAAUUUGGAAUCUUUUUAUUAACUUAUCAUUUAGUCCCAUUUUUCUGAACCUUGUUUAGAGUUUGAUCAAUGUAAUAUAAUCAGGAAUUCUUUUUGUUUGAUCAAUAAUCACACUUAGGAAAGCUGUUGACACAAA